AUGGACCAGCUACCUCUUUCCCCUCCUGCUGAGUCGGCUUCUUCCGCCGACACCGGCCUUGUUCCGCUAGACUCUCCCAUCCGCACAACCCCAAUCCACGAGCUCCUCCCGGACAUCCGCGUUCCCAGCUCACCUCACCAACCACACCGGUACAACCCGGUAACCUGUGCACCGAUUGACGCAGAUGACAAGCGCGUGAGAUCCGAGAUCGACCAACUGCGGAAGGACUUUCCAACACCAGAUGCUGCGCUGCAGGCCCAGGAACAGGCUGCGCGCGAGUUGAGACAGAAACUAGACGAUGCGGAGAAGAAGCGCGAGGAGGUGCAGAGGGCUAUGGAUAAGAAGAUCAAGGAGAGGAAUACGGAGUUGAAGGUUUUAGAGAAGUUUCAGGAUGGGAAGGGGCCAGCGCUUGCUGCUCCUUAA